AUGGGGGAUGAGCGCAGUGUUGCGAGAAAGUCUAAGAUCUCGGCAUCCAGAAAACUACAGUUAAAGACCCUGAUGCUGCAGAUUGCCAAGCAGGAGCUGGAGCGGGAGGUGGAGGAGCGUCGAGGGGAGAAGGGCCGAGCGCUGAGCUCUCGCCUGCAGCCUCUGGACGUGGCUGGGCUGGGCUUGGCCGAGCUGCAGGACUUAUGCCGGCAGCUGCACGCCCAGAUUGACAAGGUGGAUGAGGAGCGUUACGACGUGGAGGCCAAAGUCACCAAGAAUGUCUCCGAGAUCGCCGACCUGACCCAGAAGAUCAUCGACCUUCGCGGCAAGUUCAAGCGGCCCACCCUGCGCAGGGUGCGGAUCUCGGCCGACGCCAUGAUGCAGGCACUGCUGGGCACCCGGGCCAAGGAGUCCCUGGACCUGCGGGCCAACCUCAAGCAGGUGAAGAAGGAGGACACGGAGAAGGAGAUCCGAGAAGUGGGGGACUGGAGGAAGAACAUCGAUGCGCUCAGUGGCAUGGAAGGCCGCAAGAAGAAGUUCGAAGGCUGAGUGCCUGCCCUGGCUGUGUUCUCUGCAGAAUAAAGC